AAUAGGACUAUACAUUUCUACAUAUAUAUCGUUCCUCAAUUUAAAUACAGCGCCCUAUAACAACCGAAGACAUGGCGGGUGUCCACCGUGCCCUUCGAUUUGAAUAUAUGCAAAUCCGAUUGCAAAUAUCGUGUCGAAAGCACUUGAAACAUUGUUGAUAACAUGGGGAGUGAUCUGGUGGCGAUCGGCAUUGUAACUCCGGCUAAUAUAUAGAGUAGCGUACGAGAGGGCGUUAGGGUCGCAGGAAACUCUUCUUGUUGUUCUCGUUCUAAGGUGGAAUAUCACUCGUCACUGUUUUCUGUUGUGUUUUUAGGCUGGAAUCGGGCGAAAAACAUGCCGUUUCGAUAAUCGAACAAGAAACAAAAGGCUCUUACGAAAGAGUUCUCGCGGCUAGGUCGAAGGAGGGUGUCGUGCGCGGAGCGUGUGUGAACAGUGCAGGUGUAAUUUAAUAAGAGAGCAGGGGAGGCUGGCGAUUUAAUAGGAUAUUGAUUUGUCCGCGACUGCCUUGCUGGCUCCAUCGCACACACGAACCAGGUAGCCAUGAACGUCGAUAUUUUUGGGGCACUGCCUGGCGCAACUUCUGGGAUGUACAUACGCCGUACCGAGACUCGCGUACAGGCCUGAUAAAGCCGAAAAUGCAGCCAGUCGUCGGCGAUAUGUGGAAACGGUAUUAGUCAAAUUAUCACGGGUCGCAACGGGAACGUCUACUACUACCACCACUACUACUACUAUUAUCACGAUCAUAACGACCAUCACGACGGCGACCACAACGGGAACGACGACAACGAUAACGGCGGCGGCGGCGGCGGUGGCGACGGCGACGACGACCACGGCGGUUAUUACGACGGUGACGAAAACGACGUCGGCGACGGCGAGGGCGACGACGACGGUGGCGGUGGUGGCAGACACCACGGCACCGACGACGACGAAAACAACAGUGAUUUUAGCGACGACCGGGACGAUACUCGGGACGAACGUGACGACGAAAACGACCGCGACGGUAGUAACAGCAAGGACGUCAAUUACAAAAAAAAGAAAGUGGUACCGCUGCUGCUACGCGGUAGAUAUUUUAUUGAAAAUCUCAUUGCCUCGGUUGUGUCCGAUGUAAUAGUCGAGAAAUCGAACCAGUGAGCGAGAUACCUUAGACACAAUGGAUGCAGCGAACGGUGGAGCGUCGGGGGGUGCAGUGGCCUGUCCGGUGUGCACCCUCUAUCUGCGGGAGGGCAUCAGCUUGCAGAGGCACUUGGACACUCAUCCCAAGGAACAGGUCAUCGAAGCUCUUAUCAAAGCUAGUAGUAACUCUUCACAUUUGCAACAGGCUCAGUUGUCGCCAUCGGCACCUCCUCCGGCUGUACAAUCGCCUCAGAGUUCACCCCAGGUCGCACAGAAUACUCAUCUAUCGACUCAGUCCCCGUAUCCCAUCGGACCGAUCUUCGAGUGUCCGCCUAUGGGUACCAUGAUGCCGCCACCUCAAUUCGCUUCGUUCAGUUAUCAGCAAUUUGUAAAUAACGGCACUAUGAUGAUACCGCAAUAUGCAAUGGCACCGCAGGCUAAUCACAUGAUGCAGAUGCUGUAUAAUCCGUAUAGUAUGUACCAGCAGCAACAGAUACCAACGGUUCAGAUGAUCUCGCCAGUAGCAGCUGUGCCGAACCCGGCCAGGGUCAGGCCGGUGGUCACCGUUGCUGGUGAGACGGGCGCUGCUGUUGCCAGAACUGCCAUUGCUGUACCUGUAAAUAAUUCCGAGCCAAAACAGAUUUUACCUGAGAUCUUACCUGAAUCGGAACAAGAGCCCGAACAAGUGCUACCAGAUAUCAACCUUCCGGUCUCUCCUCCAUCGUUGAGCGAGCGUAAUCCUAUGCAGGAAAAUGAAAGUGAAACUAGUACAAUUACUAUAGUGCAAGAGGAAGAGGAACCGCUUGGCUCGCGUACCCCGGAGCAGCAGCAGCACGCUGUGCGAAACGAAUAUAAUAGCAUUCCAAAAUCGACGACGGUCAGGUGCAACAUUGACGAUACUGGCGACGAUAAGAAGAGCGUACUGCCGGACAUCGACGACGAGGAAGCUUCACACAUUGCAGGAAUCGAUGUCCAGCCUAUUCAUUAUGGACCAUCCGAGAUACACGAGUACGUGCAGAGAUUCGAAGCUGAUAGUAACGAAGUUAUUACGCCUGAGAUAACACCAAUGGUUACGGAAAGUGAGACGAAAGAAGAUGAUGAAGAAGAAGAAGAAGUAACUAAUGAAAAAGUUCCUCGCAGAGAAGAGAUAAGUGAAAAUGAUGGUACCUCGACAGAAACGCCUUUAGAAGAAACGGUGAAGGAACCAGCUCAACCUGAAGUAGAACAAUUAGAGCGUCUUUUAAUAACUAUCAUGGAGAAUGAUCUUACUAAUGCGCCGCAGAAAGAAUCGAAUUUAGACGACGACGAAACGAGAUGUAAAGAUACAAAGAAAAUUCCUUCUUCCCCUGAAAUAGUAGAGGACUUGGUUUGCGACGCGAGUACUGGCGGUACCAGUGGUGAUUGUACAAACGAUUGCAGACCUAGUAUAGAAGUAAAAGUUAUUGAGAGUUCGGAAACUGAUACAGAUAACGAUAUAAGUAAAUGUACUUGUCUUUUAUACAGUUAUAAAAACAGUUUAUCCGCACCUGCGUCGCCUGUUGUACAAAAGAAAUCGCGCAGGACUUAUUCUGCCCGCUCGGAAUACGGUUCGAGCGAAAAUCUUAACUCUUACCCGAUCGGUUUCGAUGCGAACGCGUUGCAAAAUGAGGAGGACGACGAGGACGAGAAGAACAAAGAGGAGGACACUUUCGACGAAGCGGAUAUGGAGAUAGAGGAGAUACCCAGUCCUCACACACCUUUUACUAAAUACGGCGAGAGUUCAGAGAAUGUUAGAUCGUACACUCCUUUAUCUGCGAGCAGCGGUAUCUCUGUAUUAAGGGUGAGGAAGGAUCUGAGUAAACCGUGCUCACCUGCCUCGGUGCAUUCGUUCUGCCAAAUCAACGGCAACGACAUGAACCACGACGAAGGUAGCAACAUAGCGAUGGACGCGUCAACGGAAAAGGAUCCUAUCGACUGUUCUUCGGCCGAGCACGAUGUAAAAGCUUAUGAAUCGGAGGUCUCCUUACGUGAGAACGAGAAGAAAGUGGAGGCGAGCACAGCAUAUCAGUCUGGGAUAAUUGAACACAUGAGUUCAUUUCCUACGAUUCAUUCUCAACAUUCUCAACAAUCGACGUUGAUAGAACCGUAUAGCAUACAAAGUAAAACUAAUAGUCAUGUAAAUUUGUCGGAGUCCGGCGACGCUCCGAGUAGCUCGGAGUCCAAGUGUUUCCAUUCGUCUAAAUUAAUUAUACAAAAGCAAUCGAUGGAACUUCUUAGUUUAAACGAAGACGCCCAUGCAGGUCCAAUGAACGUGUUUGAAUUCGAUGGGCUUCAAAUCUUAGUUCCUAGUACAUUCAUAAGUGAUUCUUCACAAAAAGCUGUUAGUGGUACUAGCCAGCAGUCUAUGGCGAGCAGCGAAGGUGGAGUAGGCAUAGACGAGGAAGUCAAGAGCAUUAAUAUGAGGGCGGACGAGACGAUGCCACCCAGAGGUGAAUUAUCGGAGCAGGAGAGCAAUGGAUGUACAGAACAAUCCGCAUGGCAGUUGUACGCUGGUCAAGAGUCGUCCCGGAUGUCAACUUCGUACGAUUUGAUGGCCCGCGAAAGUUGGGAAGAGUCCGACGGGUCGGACAAUGAAAUUGGAGGCCCGUUACUGGACAGCAGGUCUCUGGCUACGCAUUUCACGUCAAGCUUGUUUUUAGAUAGGGACAGGAAAACUCCUACGAAAAGAACGUUCAAAUGUUAUCAUUGCCCCGAGAUAUUCGAUUGCCCGAAAGAGCGUCGGGUACACAGCACCACCGCGCACAAAGAAGCUGGCCCGAGUAGUAGUAGAGAGUCCACCGAUCAGUCGGAAGUGAAAGAUAUUAAGUUACUGGAUGGCCGUAUGAAUGUGUUUGAAGAUAUUUUUGUACCAGGUUUACAUGUUCAACAAGUUUGUCAUCAACAACCGCUGCUACAUCAACUUCAACCACCGCAAUCGUCGGACGUUACUCCGAAGUUAGAAUCGGAUCAGAAACUGGAAACGCUGAUACCGUCGAACAUCGAGGUGAUCUGCACGCUUUGCAAUCAGAGAUUCGGCAGCGACAAGUCGCUACAGCUGCAUCACAGAAGGGUGCACGUCACCGAGCCGACGAAACGGAUCCGCGAGAACGCCAAGUGUCAGAUAUGCCACGAGAAAUUCCCCUCGGUUCUGUUGUUCAACGCCCAUCUGAAGAUACACCCGCUAGAAUGUAGCCAAUGUGGAAAGUAUUUUUAUAGGAAACAGAAUUUUAAACUGCACAUGAAACGGCAUUUAGGAAUCAAGCCUUUCCCGUGCACCGUCUGCGACAAGGCGUUCUUGACGAAGCAGAAAUUGGACGAGCACACGAACGGUCACACCGGGAACGCGCCUGUCAAGUGCAAUCUCUGCAACGAAACGUUUCGCAGAUAUUCGAAUCUGACGCAGCACAAGAACAGGCAUCAUUUGAAUAUAAAAAGGAAAUUGAAGGAUUACAUAUGCCACUGCGGCGAGGUGUUUCAUACGAAGAAAAAAUUGGCCUGGCAUAAGGAGACGCACGACGAGAAGCCGAAGGCGUGCACCUACUGCAACGAGAGAUUCAUUCACAUGGCCAGCUUGACCAGACACAUGCGGCGGGCGCAUAACAAAAGAUUCGUUCCGGACGCUCAGAGGGAGAGCGAGAACGUCGAAUGUCCUGUAUGUAAGUGUAUUUAUUUACGAUCUUCCUUAGCUGUACACAUGCGGGUUCACAACGGCGAGAGGCCGUACGAAUGCCAAGUCUGCGCUAAAACGUUCAGUACCAAGUGGAACUUACAGCUGCACAAAUGGACACACGCUGCUCGUAGCACGAAACCGUUCAAGUGUAACCAGUGUAGUGGCGCGUUUUACCGGCACAGUGAUUACACCGCUCAUAUGAAUUCCCAUCGAAACGUGCGCCCGUACACCUGCAAUUACUGCGGGGCGCAGUUCAUACGAAAGUAUAAUUGUUUAAGGCACGUGAAGGAACACGAGGAGAACAAGGCGUACACGUGCGACGUCUGUAACAAAACGUUUCAUAGAUCGUACUAUCUGAAGGAGCACUUGAGAGUUCAUUCCGGUGCCAGACCAUAUACAUGUCACAUUUGCGGAAAGUCUAGCGGUACGAAAUCCAAUCACAACAAACACGUCAGAAUUCAUCAUGCACGAGAACCUGUAAAUACUGAAAAUUAAGAAAAGACGAACGAGACUUCUCAUAUGAUCUUAUUUCCUGACGGGCGUCUUUAAAAGUUUAUCAUUUAUGCAUCUUGAUCUUUUAUUCAUUCUUUUUCUUUAUACGGUGAGGAUCGUGAGCAUUCGUACAUGUUUUAAAAUUAAAUAAUCUUAUUUAAGUUUUAGAUGUGUACGAAUAUUUAUUGAUCUCACUGUACGUUCGAAUCUUAUUUGUUGAACUGAAGGACUAGGUAAUAAUUUAGCACAAAAUGAAGCGAAGGGAAAUGUUAUACGUGUCUGUUAAUCUUUUUAAAAAAUCUCGUUCGUUUUUAUUGUUUCCUAGCUAUUUUAAUAGACACAUUAAACUUGGUAUUUUUACCAUUGAAAACGAAAAGUUUAAUUUGUCUUAAUUACAACAAAGACGAUUUUACGUUCUACCGUGCAUUGUAUGUUGCACUUCGUAAAUUUUCGUCAUAUAGUCUGCUAAAUACAAUGACUCGAGACUGUAACUACUUAAGAUAAUAAGAAAUUUUUCAUAAAUAUUAACUGGUACGUGUCGCGACCGGAGAUUCGAGUUAACUCUCGCGAAUGGAAGACUACGAAAAAGUGAAGAUGCUUUUUGCCAACGUACACUAAUUAAACUAUUAGAUAAUAAUAACUAAAUGAUCAAUAUUAUCAAAUGAUUAAGCACGUUUUACGUAUCGGUCGUCGUACGAAAUUUUUUUACCACAACUAUUUUACACGAAGCAUGCAUACUGCGAUUUGAAUAAUCGUCGGCUGGACGUAGGGAAGCUCAUAUUUAUUUGCGUUGAAUUUGUAACGCGUAAGGCCCUAUACGAUUAAUUAACGUUAUCGAUUAUCAAGGUAGUUACGGAUCUUAGUUAUUAUUCUUUUAUAUUUAUAUAUAUUUUGGGAAACGUAAUGAUUUUUAUUGGUAAUCGUUGCCAAGACUGAUCGAUGUUGGUUCCUCAUAUUGCUCUCCGGAUGCGAACCUAAUAUAAUGAAUGUAUUGUGUUUUAAAUGAUUCAACAUUCUCGAAUGUUACGAAGAGUCGCUUGUACUAUCACUUGAAACAUUUAGUAUAGAUAAGAUUAUGACAAUUGCCCCGAUAGUCCAUUUACCAUUAUAUUUAAGGAUGUAUUGGCUAUACAGUCAAUCCCAAAAGUGUAUGUAGCUUAGAAAAACGCAUUUCCUAUAAUU